ACAUCCUAGAUGCAUUUUGAUUCAGUUGUUGAUGGUAUUCUUGUCCUUCAUUCACAGCUUAUUGGCAGAAUGGACAUAUAUGGCAAGCACGUACAUGUAUCAGUUUCGUUUUCGUUUCUGCUAAAAAAAAACGCUUUGAUAUACCUGGAACCAGGUAGUGUCUCUGAUUUUUAUCAUCUCGAUACUGUAGCCUGUCUUAUCUGCCAUCGACUGUAAAAUCAGUGCUUCUGUCACAACAGAUAUGGAAGUGAAGCUGAAAGCACUUGAGUGUCACUUUACAUGGGGAAUAGAAAAGGCUGACAUCAAGGACCGGGACAGCCUCCCUGAAAAACUUCUGGAUCGCAUCAUGAAGUUCAGCACUCCGAACCAUGCCACAUAUUUCAAUUUACUAGCCUUUCUGAGCCACCUGGAGGAAAACAAUGUUAGUGCUUUUGAGUAUCUCCACAAGGCUGAGAGUGCAUUGAAGAAUAGACAGGAUGAUACAUAGCUACUGGUAACCUAUGCUAACUUUGCAUGGGUUCCCUAUCACUCAGGGAACAUGAAUGAUGUGGAUGCCUACAUUGGAAAGCUGGAAAACAUCAAUAAGGGUUUUACGACUGCAAUCAAAGGCAGCUUACCUUCAAUACAUGGUGAGAAGGCUUGGAGUUUUCUAAGGCUUGGGGGGCUAUUUUACAAGGGGGCAAAGGAGAGCUUUCAGAAAGCUCUUAAGGGAGAUCCAGACAAUGCAUCCUUCAACGUGGGCUAUGCCCUGGUCCUGUACAGGCUGGAGGGGUUAGCCAGGAAAGGAUUUGUGAGGAAUGCGCAUACUGAAGGUGCUACUCAGCUAAGGAAAGCCUUAUCCUUAGAGCCCGAUAACACUGAGGUUAUGGUCCUGCUAGCCCUAAAGCUUCAAAACCAAAGUAGACAUGAGUCCAUGAAACUCAUCAAAGAGGCCCUCAGACUGUCUCCUGACGUGCCUCACGUCAUACGUUACGUGGCUGAGUUUUUCAGACACGAGGGCAUCAAUGAGACCCUGGAGGUUUUGGAGAAAGCUGUGAAACUGUCUCCAAACUCCUCCUUCAUGCAUUACCAAAUCGGCCAGUGUCACAAAAAUCAGUUCAACCAGAUGUCUGAGCAGAAGAGGAAAGGGAGAUGGGUCAACGCACGCCAGAUAAAAGAGAAGAUGGAGCUCUGCAUCCAUCACUUCUCCAGAGCUGUGGAACUGAAGCCAUCCAACGUUCAAUUCAGGUUGAACCUGGCUGAGGCUUACGGAGACAACUACCAGCUGGAGGAGGCGAUGAAGAUCUUCACCAACCUGCUGAAAGAUGAGUCCCUUAGUGACUCAGACAAGCAGCAAUGCUACUCCGGUUUCGGCCUGUUUCUGUUCUUCAAGAAGAAAGACGAGGAUGGUGCUGUGACCCAGUUCAAAAAGGCCUACCAGAUUCCGAUUGAGAGUUGGGACAGGAAUAAGGCUAGGAAGAGGCUGAAGCAGAUCGCUAACCAGAAGAGAGUUGGCGAGGCCUCUGAGAUUUUGGAAUUCCUCGCCACUGAAGACAAAAAAGGCAGGAACGCUCAAGAGCCAAGGAGAGUCGAGGUGCACUCUUCAGACACAGAUGACCUUACAGAUGCCCUAGGCAAAGGAAUGAAACUGAAAUGAUAUAGGGGAGACCAGUGUUGGUUGUCACAGUGCUUAUUACUCCCAAUAUGGCGCUGUGUAAUAAUUUUGAGGUUAAAAUUUGGGAAUUAUUUGAAAUAACAAUUCAUUUCAGAAUGACAAAACAUUGGGCUGAGGGGAAUUUAGGUGUUUUUCGUAGUUAAAAGUUUUGAAAAAUUAUCUUUGUAAAUGUUUAAAUUAUCGGAGUAAUCGGGUCAAGUAUUAUCGGAAUUAUCGGGUCAAGCUACCUAGCAUCUUAAUUAGCAUUGGGAGGAUGGUUGGGGAUGGUUGUCACAUGGAAUACGGGGUUGGUUGUCACUUUCAACAUUGCAACUGCCAGCAUACAAUAAAUCCCAAGCUAUUUUGUUCUUGUGAUAUAAAGAGCUCCUUUCUUUGCCCUUCUCUCACAUAUGUAUUCUGUCACACACCAACACCAACACGCGCGCGCACACACACACACACACGCAUGUGCAAGCAUACAUACACACAAAAAUUCACUAUAAAUGUCAUAUGUUACCCUCACGGCAUAAAAGGCUGAAUUAAGUUAGGAAUAUCGUUUGAUCAAAGAAAGGAAUAAGCUACUAGCAAACAUUGUGACAACGAACUCCAUACUGUAUGAUAUCCAACCCCGCAAUGGGGCUGGUUGUCACAAGUGGACAGAGUGUGUUUGAGGGCUUAUAACUCCAUGUUGGGAUAAGAUAAGAGGAUGAAAAGGGUCCCCAUUUCAACCAGUGGUGUAAAGUACCUAAGUAAAAAUAUACUACCGGUCAAAAGUUUUAGAACGCCUACUCAUUAAAGGGUUUUUCUUUAUUUUAUUAUUUUCCACUUUGUAGAAUAAUAGUGACAACAUCAAAACUAUGAAAUAACACAUAUGGAAUCAUGUAGGAACCAAAAAAAGUGUUAAAUUAAAAUAUAUUUUAUAUUUGAGAUUCUU